GGGUGGCCAGCCUUGUGUACAGCAGCGUUUGGGCUGCAGCGUGGAUGAAGCAGGAUGUGGACUGUCCUCCAGCGGGGCCCCUGAAAGGGGACAACUUUGAAAGCAGUCACUCAGAAGAAAGUCAGAAAGAGGAGGAGGAGUUACAUACCUGACUUGGGCAGCCCUGCGUCCCCGUGCCGGGCAGCAAGGAGGAGAGUGUUCCAGCCUGGUGGAGGAGGAGAAGGAUCCAGAAGAUGGAGAACUUGAGUCUGGAGAUCCAAGCUAUGCGCAGCCCAGCUUGUGAGGGGCCGAGGCCCUUUCGAGAAGUCUGCAGCUGUGUGAGCCACAGAGAUUUGUAACUCAAGGCAGGGUUGCCCACGGCCGCUCAAGGAUCAGAAGCCUGGCUAGGAUGAGCUGUUGGCUGUCUUGCGCUCCUAAGCACACACAUCCAACAGAGUGGAGUAAAUAUGAUGACCGGUUGAUGAAAGCUGCUGAAAGGGGGGAUGUGGAGAAAGUAUCCUCCAUUCUUGCCAAAAAGGGUGUCCAUCCGGGCAAGCUGGAUGUGGAAGGCAGAUCUGCCUUCCACGUCGUGGCAUCCAAAGGGAAUCUGGAGUGUCUGAAUGCCAUUCUUGUCCAUGGAAUUGAUGUUGCAACCAGCGACAGCGCAGGGAGGAACGCGCUUCACCUGGCGGCGAAGUAUGGCCACGCACUGUGCCUGCAGAAGCUUCUCCAGUACAACUGUCCCACUGAGCACGUGGACCUCCAGGGGAGGACUGCCCUUCACGACGCAGCCAUGGCAGACUGUCCUUCCAGCAUCCAGCUGCUCUGUGACCACGGGGCCUCCGUGAAUGCCAAAGACGUGGAUGGGCGGACUCCGCUUGUUCUGGCGACCCAGAUGUGCAGGCCGGCGAUUUGUCAGUUACUGAUAGACAGAGGGGCAGAUGUCAAUUCCAGAGACAAACAAAACAGGACCGCUCUCAUGCUGGGUUGUGAGUACGGCUGCAGAGAUGCUGUAGAAGUCCUGGUUAAAAAUGGUGCCGACGUGACCUUGCUGGAUGCUCUUGGCCAUGACAGUUCUUACUAUGCGAGAAUUGGUGACAAUCUGGACAUCCUGAACCUACUGAAGACGGCGUCAGAAAACACCAACAAAGGGAGAGAACUUUGGAAGAAAGGACCAUCCUUGCAACAGCGGAAUUUGUCCCACCCUCAGGAUGAAGGAAACAUGAAGUCAAACCAGAGGGAGCACCACAGCUUUCAGGAUCUGGAGAUUGAAAAUGAAGAUUUGAGAGAGAAGUUGAGGAGAAUUCAGCAGGAGCAAAGAAUACUCCUGGAUAAAGUCAAUGGCUUGCAGUUACAGCUGAAUGAGGAAGUAAUGGUUGCAGAUGAUCUGGAAAUGGAGAGAGAAAAGCUGAAGUCCCUUUUGGCAGCUAAAGAAAAGCAGCACGAAGAAAGCUUAAGAACCAUCGAGGCUCUGAAAAACAGAUUUAAAUAUUUUGAGAGUGAUCAUCUGGGACCUGGAAGUUACUCUAGCAACCGAAAAGAAGACAUGCUUCAUAAGCAGGGUCAAGUGUACACAACAGACUCACAGUGUACCUCUCCUGGCGUACCCACCCACCAAAGCAGGUCUAUGUUAAGACCUCUGGAGCUGUCUCUACCCAGUCAGACCUCAUACUCUGAAAUUGAGAUUGUAAAGAAAGAGUUAGAGGCCAUGCGAACUCUCUGUGACUCUGCGAAACAAGACCGACUGAAGCUCCAGAACGAGCUGGCUCACAAGGUGGCCGAGUGCAACGCCCUAACUCUGGAGCGUGAGAGGGUCAAGGAGGACUCGGACGAGCAGAUCCGGCAGCUGGAAGAUGCCCUCAAGGACGUGCAGAAGAGGAUGUAUGAGUCUGAAGGGAAGGUCAAGCAAAUGCAGACCCACUUUCUCGCCCUGAAAGAGCACCUGACCAGUGAGGCAGCCUCAGGGAGCCACCGCGUCACCGAGGAGCUGAAGGACAUGAAAGCCAAAUACGAAGGCGCUUCGGCAGAGGUGGGAAAGCUGAGGAACCAAAUCAAACAGAGCGAGAUGCUGGUGGAAGAGUUCAGGAGGGACGAAAGUAGGCUGAUGGAAGAAAACAGGAGAUUGCAGAGGGAAUGCAGCACGUGUGAGAUGGAGCGGGAGAAGAAGGGGAGGAGGGUCGUGGAGUUGGAGGGCCAGCUGAAAGAGCUGGCUGCGAAGCUGGCCCUUUCCAUCCCCACGGAGAAAUUUGACAGCAUGAAGAGCUUGUUAUCCAGUGAAGUCAACGAGAAGGCGAAGAGGCUGGCGGAGGUGGGCCGGGACUACGCAAACUCCCUGGAGGAAAUCCAACAGCUGAGGAGGGAUCUGGAGAGCGUUAGAGCCAAGCUGGCCCAGCACGUCAGACCCGAGGAGCACGAGCAGCUCAGGAGCAGGUUGGAGCAGAAGUCGGGAGAGCUGGGGAAGAAGGUCGCAGAGCUAACCCUCAAAAACCAGACGCUGCAGAAAGAAGUGGAGAAGGUCCACGGGGACAACCAGCUGCUCAGCCAGCAGGUGCACAGCCUGACGGCGGAGAUGAAAACGCACUACGUGCCCCUGAAGGUCAGUGAGGAGAUGAAGAAGGCGCACUCCGCAAGCCUGGAGGAUCUGAACAGGAGGCUUUCUGACGCCACGCAGAGGUACGCCGAGAAGAGGCUGGAAGCUGAGCAGCUACUGGCGGAGAACGACCGGCUGACCAAGAACCUCAACCACCUGGAGGCCGUGUUCGUAGCGCCCGAAAAACACGAACAGGAGCUAACGGGCCUGAAGUCCAAUAUUGCCGAGCUGAAAAAGCAGCUGUCCGAUCUUAAUAAAAAAUGUGGAGAGGAUCAGGAGAAAUUGCGUGCACUUACAUCGGAAAACGCUGGCUUGAAAAAGACCCUGAGUAGCCAGUAUGUGCCUGUCAAGACCCACGAGGAGGUGAAGGCCGCCCUGAGCAGCACAGUGGAGAAAACCAACAGAGCCUUACUUGACGCGAAGAAAAGGUGUGAUGACACGAGCCAGGAAUUUUCAAAACUGAGGGACGAGAAUGAGGUACUGAGAAGGAACCUGGAGAACCUGCAGAAUCAGAUGAAGGCUGACUACGUGAGCCUGGAAGAGCACUCGAGAAGGGUGAGCGCGCUGAGCCAGAGCCUGAAGGAGGCGCAGGAGGCCAACGCCACUGUCCUGGCGGACCACCGCCGAGGCCAGGAGGAGAUCGGCGCGCUGCAUGCUGAGAUUAAGGCCCAGAAAAAGGAGCUGGACACCAUCCAAGAGUGCAUCAAGCUCAAAUACGCUCCGCUAGCCCGCCUGGAAGAGUGUGAGCGCAAGUUCAAGGCUGCAGAGAAAGCCCUGAAGGAGCAGCUGUCGGAGCAGACGCACAAGUGUCGUGUGAGGGACGAAGAGGCCAAGAAGGGCAAGCAAGAGAACGAGAGGCUGAGGAGGGAGCUCGCUGCCCUUCAGAAGGAGCUGAAGGAGAGGAGUGUUCUGGUGGAAGAGGCCCGGGAGGCGCAGCGGGAGCUGAGCGGGAAAACGGAGGAACUCAACAAGCAGCUGACGGACCUGUCCCAAAAGUACGCCACCGUGAAGAGCGAGAAGGAGAAGCUGGCGGAAGAGAAGGCCAGGCAGACCUCCGAGGUCCUCGCAGCCCAGAACCUCCUGCAAAGACAGCCCAUCCCGCUGGAGCAGGUGGACACUCUGAAAAAGUCUCUCAACGACACCAUUGAACAGUUGAAGGAAGAGCUGAGGAGCAAGCAGAGGUGCGUGGAGAGAGAGCAGCAGAUGGUGAGCAAGCUCCAGCAGCUUCUGGAGAACCAGAAGAACUCCUCUGUGCCCCUCGCGGAUCACCUGCAGCUAAAGGAGGCCUUAGAGAAAGAGGUCACCAUCAUGAAAGCCAGCCUGAGAGAAAAGGAAGAGGAAAGCCAGAUCAAAACCAAGGAAGUCUCCAAACUCCAGACAGAGGUUCAGAAUACCAAGCAGGCGCUGAAGAACUUAGAGAUGAGAGAGGUCGUUGACUUGUCAAAAUACAAAGCCACAAAGAGUGAUUUGGAGGCCCAGAUCUCCAACUUGAAUGACAGACUGGCCAGCCUGAACAGGAAGUACCACCAAGUGUGCGGGGAGAAACUGUCUGCCAAAGAUGAGAAGGAACUGCUCCAUCUCAGCAUCGAGCAGGAGAUCAAGGACCAGAAGGAGCGGUGUGACAAGUCCCUGACAACCAUCAUGGAGCUGCAGCAGAGGAUUCAGGAGUCCGCCGAGCAGAUCGAAGCCAAGGACAACAAGAUAACUGAACUUCUGAGUGAUGUAGAGAGACUAAAGCAGGCGCUCAAUGGCCUUUCCCAGCUCACCUACAGCGGCAGCCCCACCAGGCGGCAGAGCCAGCUUGUGGACACCCUGCAGCACCGAGUGCGGGAUCUGCAGCAGCAGCUGGCGGAUGCUGACAGACAGCACCAGGAAGUCAUUGCUAUCUACCGGACACACCUCCUCAGUGCUGCACAGGGUCACAUGGAUGAAGACGUGCAGGCGGCCUUACUACAGAUCAUACAGAUGCGACAAGGCCUCGUGUGCUAGCGGCAGCUGGCCCAGAGCCUGUCCUUCGGUGCUAUGCAUUCUGGGUGCGGUUCUGAGGCUUUUUGGGCCUACUCUGAUAGUAUACAUAAAAUAAAAUCUAUUUUGUUGUGUUGCUGAA